AAAGAUAUGGAUUACAAGUCGAGCCUGAUCCCAGACGGGAACCCCAUGGAGAACCUGGAGAAGCAGCUCAUCUGCCCCAUCUGCCUGGAGGUGUUCACCAAGCCAGUGGUCAUCCUGCCGUGCCAGCAUAACCUCUGCCGCAAGUGUGCCAAUGACAUCUUCCAGGCCGCAAAUCCCUACUGGACCAACCGGGGCGGCUCGGUGUCCAUGUCCGGAGGCCGUUUCCGCUGCCCCUCCUGUCGCCACGAGGUGAUCAUGGACCGCCACGGCGUGUACGGGCUGCAGCGGAACCUGCUGGUGGAGAACAUCAUUGACAUCUACAAGCAGGAGUGCUCCAGCCGGCCCCUGCAGAAGGACAGCCAUCCCAUGUGCAAGGAGCAUGAAGAUGAGAAAAUCAACAUCUACUGCCUCACGUGUGAGACGCCCACGUGCUCCAUGUGCAAAGUGUUUGGGGCCCACCAGGCCUGUGAGGUGGCCCCACUGCAGAGCGUCUUCCAGGGCCAGAAGACAGAGCUGAGUAACUGCAUCUCCAUGCUGGUGGCAGGGAAUGACCGCAUGCAGACCAUCAUCACGCAGCUGGAGGACUCCUGUCGAGUAACCAAGGAGAACAGCCACCAGGUGAAGGAGGAGCUGAGCCGCAAGUUCGAUGAGCUCUACACCAUCCUGGAUGAGAAGAAGAGCGAGCUGCUGCAGCGCAUCACGCAGGAGCAGGAGGGCAAACUCAGCUUCCUCGAGGCCCUCAUCCAGCAAUACCGGGAGCAGCUUGACAAAUCCACUAAGCUGGUGGAGACGGCCAUCCAGUCCCUGGAUGAGCCUGGUGGCGCCACCUUCCUCCUGAGUGCCAAGCAGCUCAUCAAAAGCAUUGUGGAAGCUUCCAAGGGCUGCCAGCUGGGCAAGACAGAGCAGGGCUUUGAAAACAUGGACUAUUUCACAUUGGACUUGGAGCACAUAGCAGACACCCUGAGGGCCAUCGACUUUGGCACAGAUGAUGAUGAUGAGGAGUUCCUGGAGGAAGAAGAUGAUCAGGAAGAGGAAGAGACUUCAACAGGGAAGGAAGAAGGUAGGGAAUCCAUUCGCCUUCAGUAG